GUUUUCCUGCUACUUAAAAGACAGCGAUACAGAAAUGCUGCCGAAAGUGGAUAUGGAAGGAGCUAUCUCUGGACAUUCCUUAAAACAGUGUAACAUCCAGAUUAGUGGUAAGAUACGGUAAUUCCACAUGUAUGCAUUUUAUGCUUUGUAUCAUGUAGCAGAUAUUAGAAAAGUAGCAUUUCGAAAGCAGCGUUAGAAUCAGAGAAGCAGCCAGGCAGCAAUUUGUAUGUUCUUUGCCAGAUCUUUCAAACACAGCUCACAGAAUCUUUAGCUGGUUUCACCCUUCAGCCCCAGCUAUCCAGCACUGAGGCUCCCCAGAUGAGGUAACAGGGAAGUUAUGCUCCUGCAGUCACUGUUCCAUUUGCUAGAGGCAGAUGGGAGCACAUGCUUUAACUGGUAGCUCCAGUUAUAAAGGUUAAUUUACUACUACAAUUCCACUCCAGCACAGAGUCUUAGUGUCAGCAUGCCAUACCUGCAAGUUAUCAGUAGGUGUAUUUAAAACCUAUUAAAUGUUUUGUUUUAAUUGUGUUUUAAACUUGUACGUCAUAAUGAUGUCAUUAAGAGGAGAUCAGCUUUAAGCAUAGCCCAGAACUGCAGAAAAAACAGAAUACGGAAGAAUACGUUUACUCACUUUCAGACUUUGAGGCCAAGUAGUGUCUUAUGGAUGUCAGGCUAAUUCUUAGUUUUAUUGGUGAUAGCACCUCGAUACGCCAGAUCUAAAUAGGUCUUUAUGCAAGUUCUCCAUUGUGGCUGUUGACAUAUUGGUUGUGUUUGCUUUUGCUUGCCACUUGCCUUUCAGAACAGUCAAGACUUUUAAAAGCCCUUUCCUUCCAACAUCCUGUCACGUUUCUGUUUCUGAGCAGCUUUGGCUGAACAAAAUAGAUUUCAGUGGGAUGUUUUACUUUACGCUAUGUAGACUAUUCAGUAUCGCUGGAGUUACUCUGGAAUCAGGCUAACAUCAUUAAAUUGAAAAUCUACCCGUAGAUGUUUCAAACUGCCUCCAAUGGCUGGCUGAUUCGUGUUUGGCGAAGAGACGGAGGCAAAACGUGCUAUUUCAAACCCCGCCGUCCCAGCGCUCCCUCCGUGGAGUGUAAACUGAAUUUUCUGACUCAGAUGGGAGAUGUAUGUUGUUUAUGGGGACAGGACCUGCCUCUUAAACUGCUCUGUGAAUUUGGAAAUGGGGAAGUAUGUUUUAGUAUUAACCUUGAGUUCUUGCUGUGAUUAACGGCAUGAUGGUCUCAGGCACAGUGGUUAGAGCUCCUUGCUCCGGUGGGCAGAGGCAGUGUCAAAGUCUGCCAGUUUUUUCCUUUGCCGUGCAGUACUGUACUGUACCUGCGCUUCUGAUUUGGUUCCAUCAUACUUCACAUCUAGUAACUGAAGUGAGCAUGGGAUGUGGAAUCUGGAAUGUGAGAGCUGUGUUGUACCAGCUGCUCUCUGUUGGGCAGUUUGCAGUGCAGGGUGGGGAAAAGAACAGAAGUGUGCUUUCAGAACUCGGUCUCUCUUUUUUUUUCCACAGCUUGCAGCCCAGAUGUCCACGCAGGACUGGAUAUGGAAGGGAAUAUUCAUGAUGUUGCUAUGGUUGACAGCUAUCAACAGUGUCAAAAAAGAUGUACCAAUGACAAACAUUGUCAUUUUUUUACAUAUGCCUCAGAAACAUUUCACAAUGCAAACUUACGAUUGUCAAAUGGACAUUUUUGAAGAUCAAGAAUUUUCAGGAAUGAAUAUUACCAGUUUUUUCACUCCUGACAUCUCUGUCUGCCAAACUAUCUGUACAUAUUUCCCAAAGUGCUUGUUCUUUACAUUCUUUACCAGAGAAUGGCAAAUCAAAUCCCAAAGAAAUCUUUGCCUUCUGAAGACGUCAACAAAUGGGAUACCAGAGGCACUUACAUCGCGAGAAAAUGCUUUGUCAGGCUUUGGUCUCCUAAACUGCAGAAGAUCCUUUCCUGCCUGCACUUCUCGCACUUACAUGCAUAUGGAUUUUUUGGGAGAUGAACUCAAUGUCACUUAUACUAAAGGACACAGAGCCUGUCAGCAGGUUUGCACAGACGUGGUCCGCUGCCAAUUUUUUACCUACUUUCCUCUCCAAGAUUCAUGCAAUGAGGAGAGAAAGUGUGAGUGUCACCUAAGAAUGUCUUCAAAUGGAUCUCCAGUGGAAAUAGUACACGGGCCAGGAAGGAUCUCUGGAUACUCACUAAGAUUAUGUAAAAAAAAAGCCAGUACUGUGUGUAUGCAGCAUUCUGCAAGAACUAUUAGGAUCGUUGGAGGGACAGACUCUUCCCCGGGUGAAUGGCCGUGGCAAGUCAGCUUGCAUGUGAAAUUACCUCGUCAGAGACACCUCUGUGGGGGCUCUAUCAUCAGCAACCAGUGGGUUCUCACAGCUGCUCACUGCGUCAUGAGUCUUGAGAAUCCCAACAUUUGGCGUGUUUAUGCUGGUAUUUUAAAACAAUCAGAAAUAAAUGAGGAUACGCCCUUCUUCAAAGUGGAAGAGAUUAUUGUUCACCCUCAGUAUAAAUAUGCACAGACUGGAUAUGACAUUGCUUUAAUGAAACUUGAUAAGCCUAUGAAUUUUACUGAUCUUCAACUGCCUAUUUGCCUGCCAUCAAAAGAAGAUGCUAACAUACUUUAUACUGACUGUUGGGUAAUUGGCUGGGGUUACAGAAAAGAAAAAGGUCGUGUGGAAGAUAUCCUUCAGAAGGCUACCGUUCCCCUCAUGUCCAGGGAGGAGUGCCAGGCAAGGUACCGGAAGCACAGAAUAGGUGACAAAGUGAUCUGUGCUGGUUAUGACGAAGGUGGAAGGGAUGCUUGUAAGGGAGAUUCAGGAGGGCCGCUGUCAUGCAGGCACGAGGAGGUGUGGUAUCUGGUGGGCAUCACCAGCUGGGGCGAAGGCUGCGCUCGCCCCAGGCAGCCAGGUGUCUACACAAAAGUUGCUGAGUAUUCAGACUGGAUUCUAGAAAAAACUACGUAGCAUGAGAGUUACCGACUAGCUCCAAGUGAUGCCGUGGAAUAAUAACCCUAGGAGCAAUGUGAUGAAGUGUAUUAGCAUUUUUUAAACAGUGUUUCUUGGUAGACUGGAAUGUAAAAGACUUGAUUAAAAAAAAGUAGAAAAGCAGGAAUGAAUGAACUGUGCCUUUGCUAAAUAAAAAGCAGUAAUAAAAAUAAA